AUGCCUCCCACUCCCUCUUCUUCCAGACUCCUGAGACGACUGGCACCUGCUGCAGGUGCACUCGCCGCAGGAGGUGUCCUCGUCUACUAUACCUACCGACCUCGCAACAUCCCCGGCUACGAAGCCGCCGCUGUUCCGCCGCCCAUCUUCGGCCCGGAUGGUAACUUCAAGCUCCCGCAGUUCCCGAGGGCGCCUAGUCGCUCCCAGCAGAUCGCCGCGCUGAAGAAGAGGUCCGGACCCGACGGCGAAGAAUAUGACAUGCUCAUCAUCGGUGGAGGUGCUACCGGUACUGGCGUCGCUCUCGACGCUGCCACUCGGGGUCUCAAGGUCGCCCUCAUCGAGAGGGAUGAUUUCAGUAGUGGCACGAGCAGCAAAAGCACCAAGUUAGUACAUGGCGGCGUCAGAUAUCUCGAGAAAGCCGUCUGGAACCUCGACUAUGCCCAGUACCAGCUCGUGCGGGAGGCCCUAAAGGAGCGCAAAUACUUUUUACAGACCGCACCGCAUUUGAGUAUGUGGCUUCCCAUCAUGAUCCCUAUAGACCGUUGGUGGAAGGUACCGUACUUCUGGGCCGGCACCAAGACAUACGACCUCCUCGCCGGGAGCGAGGGUAUCGAGAGCUCCUACUUCCUCCCGAGGAGCAAGGUUUUCGACGCUUUUCCCAUGCUUAAAAAGACCGGACUAGUCGGCGCUCUUGUCUAUUACGAUGGUGCGCACAACGACUCGCGAAUGAACGUGUCUCUCGCCAUGACCGCUGCGCUGUAUGGGGCCACCGUAUUGAACCAUGUCGAAGUGACGGGCCUUCAGAAGGACGAGAAUGGCAAGCUUUGCGGUGCUGUCGUCAGGGACUUGGUGGCCGACAAGAACGGCACGCGCUCUGAUCCUAUGCCCGUCCGAGCCAAGUCGAUCAUCAAUUGCACCGGUCCGUUUUCCGACUCGAUCAGGGCCAUGGACGACCCCUCCUGCAAGCGCAUCGUCGCCCCUUCGUCUGGCGUCCACAUCGUCCUUCCGGGCUAUUACAGCCCUGCCAAGAUGGGCCUCAUAGAUCCAAGGACGUCCGACGGCCGAGUCAUCUUCUUCCUUCCAUGGCAGGGCAACACCAUUGCCGGCACCACGGACGACCCAUGCUCCAUCACCCAGAACCCGCUGCCUGACGAGAAGUCGAUCGAUUGGAUUCUGCAGGAAAUCAGGCAAUACCUCUCCCCGGACAUCGAUGUCCGUCGAGGGGACGUCCUGGCCGCCUGGUCCGGCAUCCGGCCCCUAGUCAAGGACCCCAAGGCCAAGAACACCGAGUCCCUCGUGCGCAACCACCUCAUCGACAUCUCCCCGUCAGGCCUGGUCACCUGCGCCGGCGGCAAGUGGACCACCUACCGCCAGAUGGCCGAGGAGUGCGUCGACGCCACCAUCCGGGAGUUCGGCCUGCGACCCCGCCCGUACGGCACCGCCCCGCGCAUCAGCGGCACCGACGUCGUCGACGACGGCGCCAUCCUCGACGGCUCCUGCCAGACCCACAAGGUCCGCCUCAUCGGCGCCCACGGCUUCAGCAAGACCCUCUUCAUCAACGUCAUCCAGCACUUCGGCCUCGAGACCGAGGUCGCCAAGCACCUCACCGAGAGCUACGGCGACCGCGCCUGGUCCAUCGCUGCCCUCUGCAGCCCCACCGCCAAGCGCUUCCCCGCCCGCGGCCACCGCAUCUCCUCGCUCUACCCUUUCGUCGACGGCGAGGUCCGCUACGCCGUCCGCCACGAGUACGCCCAGACCGCCGUCGAUGUCCUGGCCCGUCGCACCCGCCUCGCCUUCCUCAGCGCCCAGGCGGCCCUCGAGGCCCUGCCCAGGACCAUCGACAUCAUGAGCGAGGAGCUGGGGUGGGACAAGAACCGGCAAGACCUGGAAUGGAAAGAAACCGUCGCCUUCCUUGAAUCCAUGGGCUUGCCGAAGCCAUUGCUCUCAUCCACGAGGAAACAGAUCGAAGAGGGUGGGAUAGAUUUCACCAACUCGUCGGAGUUCAAGAUGUUCUCGCGCCAUGACAGGCAGAGAGACGAGUGA